CGCUUGCUUGCAGUCGGUAUCCUGCUGCUCUCCUCUCCUCGCGCCACAGUAAGCGAGAGAGAUGAUGCGGGAAACGGUAAUGCUUCUAUUGUGCGUGCUGGUGAGCGUGGCCGGGUUCGUCCCCGUGCCUCCUAUCUGCCGGAAUGCGCGCUCGGCUGUGGGCAGCACACCAGCAAGGACAUCAACGUCGUCGUUGUCCAUGGGCUUCGACUUCAAGGGGACGCUGGAGAAGAUGUCGGAUACCCGCUACGCGCGGGUGAGGCACAUCUUGGUCGAGGAGAAGGGAGAGGAGGGUCGCUCCAAGCUGGAGGAGGCCAAGGAAGAGAUCGCGGGAGACCUCGACAGGUUCUCCGAAGUGGCGGAGAAGAUGAGCACGUGUACCAGUGCGCCCAGGGGGGGUAGACUGAAGCUGCUGGCUCGUGGGGAGACGGUUCCCGAAUUUGACGACAUUGCGUUCAACGGGGAGCUCGGAGUGGUCCACGGGCCGGUAGAGACGCAGUUCGGGACCCACCUUAUUUACGUGGAGAGUUGCAACAAGCCGCAGAACACGUGGAAGAUGCUCUUCGACGACAUCGUCGACAAGGUCUCGGGUAAGGAGGAGGAGGGGGAUAAGGAGUAAACUGGACCUGGGCAAGGAACAAACGUGAAACACACGCAAGUGUGAUCGACUCCCCAAGGUCGCGAUAGGAGCCACGCAGCUCCAGAGGCUGAGCGGGAAGCGCGCCGCUGUUGUGGAGGAGCGGAGAGAGGCAGAGCGCAAUCCUCAAAGGAGCUCGCUUUUAGUCCUUUCUCCCUGCUUCGCAAGGCAUCACCGUUGCUGGUUGUAGAUUUCGGUGUGUUUUCAAAACCAACAGUGAAAUGGUGUCGAAUUAGUGCAUUCUUUGGACACCGGGCGCACAAGUCCCAAUAGUGUAAGCCGUCUCGAUUUUUCGUGAUUGUAAUAUAUGCGGUUCAGUGAUUUCGCUAGGGUUCAUUGCAUUAGCAAGGGAGGAAGGACGCCGCGUGCAGGGGAAGUAUUCUGGUCGCUUUGUUUCCCGCCUACAGGCAGUAUGAACGAUUGAGUUCGUGUUCGUUCGACGGAGGGAGAUACGUUGGUGGGGUGCGGUAAGGGGCAUGAUUCCUCGAUUAGAUUGAUCCCUCUAGUAUUCCCUCCCUGAUUGAAUGACGUUUUUCUUGGCCUUACCAGUGUGACAAUGUAGUUUGGCGGCAUUGUCGGAAUCUUUAUCACGGACGCCUUGUUUGGCGCUACUGCUGUGCUUGCUGUUCUAUGUCGGGGAAGGACGGUGGACAGAGUUGCUAUUGUGUCCUGUGGAAAAGAGCGUCCCUUACUUGUGCAGACGGGAAGCAAGACGAUUUUGCCAGGCUUUUGUUUCCCACUUUUCUUCACGUUUCGGCGCGAGAGUCCACACCUGAACUCCAAUCAGCCAAGAAGAGCAGAUGCUCUGUGCUCGAACACCCGGUAACUUGUUUUGAUAUGGUGUCGUAAGGGGAGGAGCGAGAGAGCCUGUGCUGUUGGUAUGCGGAGGCGUUUCCGGAACGGCCAAUCGAUCGUUCUUCAGGUACGUGGCCAGCUCGCUUUUGGUAAGUGUCAAUGGGUACAUUGAAGAUUUCCUUCGGAGUGACUUUGGUAGACUGUUCCGUGGUCGGGGAAGGAAUCGAUAUUUGCUCGCUCCCCAGACGCGAUUGCGAGCCGUGUUUGCUCUUGACGUUUCGAUCGGAGUUGGAAAGUACACAGAUAGAUGUUCGUUUCGUGGUUCUUAUUGUCGUUGGCGAACACACUCCGAUGAUACUUUCCGGUGUUGUAUGCACAGCAGGCGAAGUCUUCCGGGGCAAACGCUGCGGCCAUGAAAAGCAAAAGACAUGGGAAUGGCACAUUUUUUUGGGUGCUUGUUAACCAGAGCCUAGCCCCUUGAUGAUGCGCGUGAUUCUAGUGAGCCUGCUGUGUUGAAAAAGGGUGUCUGUCAGCACGACCCCGUUGUUGUCGUAGUACCUUGGAGUUCUUGCGUUGCUUUUCGCUAUCCUUUCUCAAAUCGCAUUGGGUCCUUCAGAAAAUAGGUCACGAAUACCUACCAACCUGUGGGAAAGUAUGGCCCACAAGACGAGCUUUG